CCAUUAGUUGGAAGGUGCAUUGUGCUUUGUCCCGGAGCACUCAAUCAUCGACGGUGCGUGUCCCGGGCGCGUAAAGUGAACAUAUGGAAAAAGGGCGAAAGGAUGGAUUCCAGCACGUGACGGACGCUGUGUGCAUUUGUGCAUUUCGUAGGGUGCAAACACUUUACUGCGCAUCGCCGGAAAUGAUUUUGGCGGCGGUUUUCCAAUUCGUCACGCACAGGACGACAUUUGUGGCAAGCGUGUCAAAAUCGAUCAUGUCAAUUAUGAAGUGCCGGCUCAUCCCUUCGGCGUUCCUCUCGCUUCUAAUUGCCAAUCGACAGCAGAUCAAUCGAUUGUGGUGCUGAUUGGUUGAUGGGAAAACUCAUUCAUCACCGGUGGAAAGAGCAACCGAACGAACGUAACCCGUUUCCGGGAUAUGCACAAUCGUCGUCGACCCCUGAAAGGGAUUCGCUCUGACCCUUUCGGCAGAUUCGUUCCAGCGGUACAAGGACAUGCAUGCGGCACGGUUGAGUGUCAUGUUGAUUGAAAUGGAAAAGCGAUUGAAAAACGGAUUUCGUGCCGUGUAGUAGUAGCACAAUUGUAACCGAUACGCUUCAUAACUGAUGUUGCCCCUUACAUUUGCAUUCAUUACCAUUAACCUGCGGAAGCGAUGAUAGGGGGGGGCUUUCUGGCUAUCGUUCCGUUGGCUGCAAAGUUUUUUUUGUCGGGGUUUACGUUUGUUUUUAUCACAGCGAAUAAUUUCUGGAACGGAAGGAAGGCGAAGUGGUAUGGUGCACGCACUUCAAUUAAUCUACCGGAGGACAUCUGUGACCGGCGAAAGGAAUAAUUUACAUGUGUUUCUCUUGUGAGAAACAGCCUUUCCGAUUAAUGAUACACACAGAUGGGCUGUUCUCAAAACGGUACGCUGGAAGUAAUUAAUGAUUAAUUAUUAACCGAAUGUGAUGCGAUGGCGGCUUGAUUAAUUGUUUCCUGGAAGGCGACGAUUUAAUUUCUGUAGAAUGUUUGUUAACAUUAUUUAUUGAAGUUAUAGGUCACAAUUGCACACCACGAAAGUACUAUUUUAAUGGUUCCUAAUGGUGCCAAAGCAAAUAUUCUUUAUCGCCGAUGAUUUGUCCACGAGCUCAUGAUAGACGAUCCUCCUUGAUGGCAUUUGCGCUUGCAGAUACAAUAGCCUCUCGGCGGCUACUGUGAUGCUCGACGCGAAGAUGAUGUUAGUUAAUCUACCGUCAUACACAAUUACAAAUAUCAAUCAAAGUAGGCCCUCCAUAUGGUGUGCUCGGUGACAGGCAGUUCAAUAUUCGCACACGCACACCGAACGCCGAACGCUUCCCAUAGACUGGACCGCGUGUGACCAAGCUGCAUGUCAUAUUCCCGUGCGAACAGCACGGAAAGUGGAUCAUCGGUCGAAAUCGGAACUGCUGCAGCAGCAGCAGCCUUUGAUUGCACAAGAAAGCAAGAACCCAACGCAAAAGUACGUAUCGUCGCUUCCCAUGAGUGAGUGUGUGCUUCCUUCUCCCUUGUGUGUAACGAAAAAAAAGAAGAUAAGUCACGGCCAGUUUUCCCACCCGAAUGCUGGGAAUCGGGAAACAUUCCUAUGGGAACGGAGAAGAAUUCUGUGUACUUGUACGCGUGUGGCUGGCAGCAGCAGCAAACCACAAUCACGCACGCGGAUGUGUACGGCCCUUUUAAUGUGCGAAAGCGAAAAUGGUGGCAUUCUAUUAGAACGGUCCGUUGAUUGACACCGUUUCGGGUUGGUGAGUGUGCGUGCGUGUGAGCUGUGAUGUGAGAGUGAGUAAUAGUUCACUUCAGCGUUUAUACCGGCGGGGCCCAUCAGCGCUGUAGAAGCAAGUGAGAACGCGUGUGUAGACGCAUCCAUCUCACCCUUCUAAGUGCCGUGCGAGUGUGUAAGUGUUUGAAGCUUCGGGAAAUGUAAACAAGUAACGAUAAUUCGAGUGUUUUUCCGUGUACGUAGUGGGGUAAACAGAAGAGCAACAAAAAACCGACCGAAAAGUUAAGCGCGCGCGUGUGUGUGAUGGGGGGAAAAUGAUUACGACCCGUUGUGACGAAGCAAGGAACACCAACAACAACACUGGCUGGUACACACGCAAUCAACGCCUGCUGUGAUUGUGGGUAAAGUGUAGGUAAGGCUCCCGCGAUCGCAAUGAGGAUCGCCCAACGGCCUACCAACGCUAAAGUGCCGAAGAAGGGGUAAAACACAGCGAAGACUGCGGCCGUUGCCGGUUCACGUGGGAUUCCGCUUUUCCGUUCGGAUGUUUAUCAUUUUCCUUGUUUUAAUUGAGACGAUGGAAAAGUAAUGGUAGAAUCUGUAUUUGUCAAAAGAAGAAAUUCAGAAACUGGACUUUGGAAUUUUCUUCUUAAGAUCUGCAAGCCCCCUAAAGCCCGUAAACAUUGUGGCAUGCCAACGAAAUCAGAAAGAAUAUUGUUCUGGAUAAAUAUUCCCCUCAAAAUGAACACCCGGUGUGAAGGUUUGAAGAUGAACCGUUGAUGAACUCAUCUCCGUACGGGCAAAAGAGUCGAAAACAUCUGUCCAAAAGCAGGGCGAAAAGGAGACAGAGCAGCGUGCGUUCGGCACCGGUCGGGCGCCCAAGUUCAUUUGGGUUUCGCGAUGCCGACGCACUCGACAGCGGGCCUGCGACGUACAGCAUCGAAUAAACUUGAAACCAUCAUCGAGCAUGUAAGGUGUGCGUAGUGCCGUACCCAGCGCCCAGCAGCAUUGUAUCGAAUCCGUCCGGUGAAGGAUUGCGUGUUGCGGUGACGGUUGCAUUCUUCCACUGGCGAGCGUUUCGAGCGCGUCGUGUGGAACUCUCUGUGUCGCCGUACGGGAAAUCGGUUUUUGAUCGAUCAUUAGUGAAACGUUCGAUUUCGUUCGACAAAGCCGGGGCAACAUCAUCGAAACAUUCUAGGCCCAGUGUUGUGAGAAGGGGCCGUGUGCGUAUUAUUGUGCUAGAAGUGCGUGAAUUGGCGCUGGUAGCUAGACUCCGGCCAGCGGGAAAUGGAAGUGAAAUUAAAUUUGCCUCAUUAAGGGUUGAUUGGAUUUUUAAGCGAGGGUUGAUGGGUGCGCCUCCGUUUGUAGAGUGUGCAAAAAUUCCAACCGACAAAGUGUGUCCAUCCACAACGACUCCGCUGGAUGACGGUGUGCCAUAUGCUGUGUGUGGGUAAAGUGUCGUGUCGCGUUGCCAUUUAAUUUUGCGUCCUGUCCCCGAGAACCAGAACGUCCGCACUUUUUUCUUUACCCGAGUGAUAAGUUGCAAGUAAAAGAGACUGCUCAGUGGUAGUAGUCUCUAUUUCAGUCCAGAGUACAGAGUGAGCAGCAAGUGGAUUUUGAAGUCAGUCGUUCUGUGACGAAUCGAAAUCGAAUCAAGCACAAAAGCGAAUCGAAAGUGAAGUUGAAAACACAACGGAGAAAGUGCAAGGAAGUGUGACUGUUCAGAAUUACGUCCGGAGGAUUACCAAGACGAUGACCAUGUCGCAUCUACUGAAGCAAACUAAGAAAUGCUGUGCGAAGAUCAUUCGCAAGCUCUCCUUCAACCCAGUCUCCACCACGAACGGCAGCAGUGCGGCAGAUCAGUCACCCACCAACAACGGCCACGGAUUGAACAAUCGCAUUACGGCGAAGUACGUCCUCCACAAAAACUGCACACCGACCCGGUGUAAGGUUCAGCCGAGAGAUGCGACCCUCGUGGACGAUGUAGCCGUGGAAGGUUGGAUGGAAACGCGUAUUGCACAGGACAAUGGGUUCUAUCCGCUUGGCGACGGAGGAUCUCCAAAUCCAUCUCCACCGCCCAUUCCCGAGACGCAGAACAACUACAAGCUCAGCCGAAGCAUGAAGAACCUUCCGAAGAAGCGCACCAACAUCACGAGCAACAAGAACGUUAACCUGCGCAAGUGCUUCCGGCUCCGCUCGAAGACCUUCGAUGGACCGCUAACGGAUGGCGUCUCGAUGGAACGAACUGCGGUGGAAACGCUCGGAAGUUCACCCUCCAUCGUUGAUGCAGCGGGUGUGGCGAAUGAACGGCGGGAAGUGGUGACCGCUGACUCGAUGACACUGGCGAGCAACAACAGCAGCAGCCGGUUGAUCGGUGCAAAGCUGGACAAGAUCAGCAAAAGUUUGAUGCGUGCUGGCGAUGGGGAAGGAUCGCUGGACAUCGCGAAACCACUGUUCCUGUCGGCGAGCAAACAUCGGCGCAGCAACUACAAUCACAUCGAGGGUGAUGAUGAGGAUACGGCGAGAGGUGGCGGAGCGGGUGAUCUGCAACCGCGUUGGAGGCAGGACGAGGAGCUAAUCCUAACAUCGGCGGCCAGUACAACCACACUGGGCAGGAGGGAACACCGGCUAGAGCAAGAAACGACCCUGUCCACUAUGGUGGAAGAGGACGCUGUCGGGCAGACUCCGUCGGUGAUGGAAAGGCUUACGGUAGCCGAGACGGCCGCUGCGCUUCUCUUCGAGAAGGUGAAGUACGAUCGCACCAAGCGUUACCUGAUCGAUCAGCUUACGGACGGUACGGGUGGAGGAGCAGGCGGAGGUACCCCGAGCUCCUCGUCCUGCUGCUCAUCGCCCUUCCAUCUGGCGAAAAGUGAAGACUUUGUCGACCCCUGGAAGAACUACAACAUUCGCGGCGGUGCCAGCUGGGAUAAGGUGUCGAAGAGUCCUUGGGAUUCCUCAGCCAAACCGAGCCCUGUCCGUGGUGGUCCGGAUGUGUGUAAGGCGCUCUCCGCCUCCAUUCAACCAGCUUUAGAUCUCCCGCAACAGCAGCACCAGCAAACCAUCCCAGCCCAGUACCAUCAACCGAUGCGAACACACUGGAAUCCGUUCGAGUAUUCGCCGGCACAUCUGGCACGGCUUGCAUCGGCAGGGUCUCAGCAGACUCCACCGCCACAUCAGCCACAGCAGUACCGGCCAGCGUUCCAGGUGCAAACGGACGUGUGGGAGAAUCUCAACAGCAAACACUACGAGAUCGAUACGGAUGUGGUGUGGCGAUCGACCCGUUGCUCUUCCCGACGCACCAGCGCCAGCACAGUGGAGACGUGGAUCGACGACGAAACGUUCGACAACUCGUUCAACGAGGAGCUGGAGCGUCGCUGUGCUACACUCAAGAUCUGCGAGUAAGUUGCAGAGCAGUAGUAGUAGCAGCAACAGCAGCAUUUGACAUCAUGAUUCCGUCCACUAGAGCAGAGGACCACUAGAGCGGAAGCGACACUCCUUCUCUUCCAUUGACAAACACUACUUGUUGGAAGACUGUUUGAAGUGAGUGCGUGCGUGUCCGCCUCGAGAGAGAGAGAGGGAGAGAGAGAGAGAGAGAGAGAGAGAGAGAGAGAGAGAGAGAUAUCAUGCGGCCAUCGAAGAAAGGGGAAGGAUUUCGUACAUGAUAAUUAUUUUCUUGUGAUACCUAGAGUACCGUGUAGUAUGCGUUUUUAUGUUUUAUUUUUAUUUUGCUGUUUACAGUAGUGCUUUAAUUAACUUUUAUUACCAGAAUUACAAUUAAAUUUUUGUUUUUUUUUGUAAGCCACCUUUAGAGCUCUAAGACCGGGAGUGAUUAGUAGUAGGCGAUGAGGAACGCAAAAGAGGAUGAAUACUACCAGCUGUCACAAUGUGUGUUUACAUGGUCGAGUUGAAGAGUUCAAACGCAGUAUUGCCCUAAUGUAAAUAAUCGAUCAUAUAUUAAUGGAGGUUAUGUCACACCUUUUUACCAAGAACCUUGUCAUGAUGCAAUCAGGAAGAGAGAAAGAGAGAAGUCAAUCAGCAGGGAGCCAUAGACAUUUGGGAGGAAAAACGUCCAGCAAGCAAAGCAGACUCCCGAAGUCCGGCUCUUUAAUUGAGAACGUGAAGCUUUAAUUAGUGUUUGUAUUCACGGUGUGUGUGUGUCGCCAUGGUUAGUUAAACACGUUCAGUUUUCUUUUCUCACCUACCAAUCCAAACAAACACGCACACAGAAAACACCUAAAAGAGAUUAGGCAAAGGAACAUCGAAACAGCGUCCAUUAGGCAAACUCGGCUCGUGAUUGAAAGGAAAUCGUGGUACGGUGAAUUAGGGAAGCAAACACACACACACAAACAUGAAGAAGAAACGAAGCUAAUAGAGGGGGAUCAGAUCAGAAGUCAGGCUCAGCAACCUCAGCAGCAACGAUCAGGGAUAAUUAUCUGUGGGAACGAACGAACGUACAAAAGCAAACCCUGUGGCGACUGUGAAAGGUGAGGUUAGAACCGAUCUAAGUAGCCGCCGCGUUGCGAUGGUGUGUGUGUGUGUGUGUGUGCGUGUAUUGCUACAGAAGCAAGAAGAAGCAAUGGAUGCUUGAUCUCAUCAUCAGGUUGAUCUGUCUCGGCGUGGAGAUGGACAAACCUGUUUACUUUACCGACCGGCCGACUCCGCGCGUCGGGAAUUGGGGGGAGAACAGGAAGAGGAAGCAGAAAAUGAUUGUAUUUUGGGAGUGAGAAGAAGAAGAAGGAGUGUGAUUAUAUUCUUGAUAACUGUAUAAGAGAGAGAAUUCCAGUACACUUACACCCACAGUCGUUAGGAUUAGUUUGUACAGAAGCCGCGAAACCGCGGGAGCCGAAAAGCUUAUAAAUGAUUAUUAAAUACAAAAACUACGAGAGAAAAAAAUGAGAUGAAUUAAUGCAACAAAAAAAAA